AUGGGAGUGAAAACAGAGGUGGUCAAUGGGUUUAGUCAAAGCUCUGAUGAUGAUCUGAGGGCUGUGAUGGAGGCUGAGGGGAUACCAGAGUUGGAGGAGGAGGAUGAAGAAAGAGAAAAUUCUGGAGUGAGAAAAUUUUGGAGAGAGGAUGAUGGUGAUUUUGGUGUGGUGGUGGUGCCGGAUCUGAGAGAGGGAGAGCUAGAGAGAAUGCAGCAGAGACUUUAUGAAGCAGCAAUGGAAGGGAACACAACAUCACUGCAUGAAUUACUAGAAGAAGAUGGACUUGUUCUCGACAGGGUCGUUCUGAAUUGUUUUAAGGAAACUGCUUUGCAUGUUGCAGCAUUGCGUGGCCAUUUAGAUUUUGUGAAAGAAAUUCUAGCUCGAAAUUCCGAGCUUGCCGGAGAAAUAGAUACGCGAGGAAUGUCUCCUCUUCACUUAGCAUCGGCUAAAGGGCACGUUGAGAUAGUGAAAGCAUUAUUAUUAGCCAACUCUGAGAUGUGCCAUGCUCGUGAUCGAGAUGGUAGAAACCCCCUCCAUCUCGCUGCCAUGAGAGGCCGAGUCAAUGUGUUGAAGGAGUUGGUUCAAGCCAGAUCCAACGAGGCUCGAGCAAAAUUGGACCAGGGUGCAACCAUCCUGCAUGUGUGUGUGCAGCAUAAUCAAAUAGAGGCACUAAAGCUAUUGCUGGAAAGCAUGAAUGAUCACGAAUUUCCAAAUUGUAAAGAUGAGCACGGCAACACCAUAUUACAUCUUGCAGUCAAGGAAAAACAAAUUGAGACGAUAAAAUAUUUGUUUUCGAGUGUCAGAAUGGAUGUAAACGCGAUUAAUGCAAAUGGGUUCACAGUAUUAGACAUUUUAGAACAAAGUCAAAGAGAUGUGAAGGAUUUCGACAUUGGAAAGUGCCUUCAAGGAGCUGGAGCUCUGAGAGCCAAAGAUAUAGCUUUAGCAUCUGGUUACGAAAAUCGAACCAUUAGGCCUAAUGGUACACCCUUGUAUGUACAUGAUCAAAGAAAUGUUCCGAAAAGCAUUGUUCCACAUCAAGGCGAAUGGCUGGAGAAGAAGCGCGACGCAUUAAUUGUGGUGGCAUCACUUAUCGCAACAAUGGCUUUCCAAGCUGGGGUGAGCCCUCCAGGCGGUGCUUGGCAAGACAAUACGAGUCCACACAGAGCAGGGGAAGCUAUAAUGGCAUAUAACUAUCCAGAUUCAUACCCAAUCUUCCUUCGUGCUAAUACGAUAGGUUUUGUUGCAUCUUUGAGCACAAUCUUGUUGCUUAUAAGCGGAUUGCCCUUCAAGCGGAGGAUUUUUAUGUGGAUUUUGAUGGUGAUCAUGUGGUUGACAGUGACAGCAAUGGCAGUAACUUAUGUUAUGGCAAUUGUGGUUGUCACACCAAUAAAGGAAAGACCAGCACUCACUGAUGUAAUUAAAGUUGCAGUCAUAGUAUGGGGUGUCUUGAUGGCGUUGCUUCUGCUUGGGAACACUAUCCGUUUGCUAGGAAGGGCUCCUUUGAGCAGACUUGGAAGAUUUAUACGGCCACAAAGAAGAAGUUUUUAUUCAGUUUAUGUAAAUAGCAAUGGCGACAGAGAAGCUCUCCGAAAUCAGUUAUAG